UCGCGGAAGUUAUUUGAAAAUCAGCUUUCAGUUUCUUGGAGAGAUUUAAAAUUGUCAGCAAACGUCGAUGUAAGAAUCAAGCAAGGGUCUCUUAAAGGAAACAAGCAUACGGUGAUUUUGUUCGAAGCAGGGUCUACUUGAUAGCAGAUUGAUUGCUCGUCCUGUGCGCUUUGAUCGACUUCAGUACACGCAGCGAAAGAUUCUUCACAGCCUGAUGAAGCCAAAGUGUUUUUUUUUCCUGGUCCUCCUGGGUUUUGGUCUCACCGUAUCUUGUCUUGAUGAGUCAAACGUCAAGAGUUACUAUGUGGAGAGGAGGAAAGGCAACCAUCCCGACCUCUUUGUUGUAGACAUGACAAGUGGUAGUCGGUGUGUGAGCUGCAGCUCGUUAAAUGCAUUUCAUCAACCAACGUUAUGGUUUCAAAGCCCCUGUGUUUGUGCCUGUUCGUCGGACAAUUCUACUUUUAUUCCGUCGUUGAGAUUUUGUAUAAGCAGAAAGACAUUGCCAGCAAAUUUUACAGAUUGUCCAAGUAAGAGAUAUGAAAAUGUAGCUUAUGGAGAACCCUUGAACUUCCCAGUUGACCUUCACAUGAAAGGAAACUGGAAAACAUCCUACAGUUCAAGCAAGUCUUGCAAACUCUAUGGCUACUAUUUGGAUUACACUGGUUUUCAGGUUAGAUGGAGAAAAAUUAAUGUCAGCGUCUUCCAACUAAUAAAGGAAGGAGGUACUGGGAAGACAUUUAGUAUUCAGUGGCAAGACAGUGGAAAAAAUUUGUCUGGCAGGAUCAUCUAUCUUUUAUUGACUUGUGAAAACCAUCAAGGAAUGCAAAGAAAACACAGCUGCUAUCUUCUCAAAGCAUUAGGCAAUAUUAUUUAUUAUGCCCCAUCAACAACAAGUUCAGAAUCUGUUCCAACUGCUAUGAAUUCUCCCAAUAAACCAUCAUCCAAGUCUGCCUUUUCACGAUCACCACAAUCAUCACAAUCAAAGCAAACAUUCUCCUUGUCAUUAUCACUGCAACCAACGUCCUUUCCAUUACCUUCUCCGUCAUGGGAUUCAAUGACAAGAAGUCCAACAAAGCACUCACACAAAGUUUCAACAUUUGUACCAACACACAUGGAAACCAGUUCACUUCAAAGGAGGCAGGCUUUAUGUUCCUCUGGACCAAUUCUGCCAUCGAAAUCAACAGCAAAACUGGAAAGCUUCUCACCAUUCAAUUCAGAGGAAAUUUCUAAUCAAGUAACAAACACAGGGAUCUCAAAAUCUUCAGUUAGCACAGGGGAACCAAAUAAUAGUGAACCAUCAGAGCUACCGACCACUGAAUCAAGUCUUCCCGCCAGAGAUGGUCCAGGAGACAAAGAGGCAAGAAAAAGUGGAAACAACACAGGUGUAGCAAUUGGUGUGGGAGUUUGUGGUGCUGUUGCUUUUGGGAUUAUUGUCAUAGGGGUGAUCAUUGUAUUUUGCAAGAGGAGAAAGUUACGGGAUAGCAUGGAAAAGAAAGCAAAACUACAUGUAGGAGUUAAGAACCCAGUGUAUGAGAAACCUCAGGAUGAUAUUAAAAUUGAAAGGCCUAGAGAGAAAGCCAAAACUUUCAAUGAACAAGAUAGUCAACCAACUUACCUGGAACUUGUUGACAACAGGGUUUCUACAUUAGGACAUGAAAAUGAUAGAGCUGUGUACAGUUCUCUAGCUGAAAAUUAUGACAACUCAUCUGUUUACCAAAGUCUGAACAAGAACACACCAGCAGCAACAUCACCAGUUUACCAGAGUCUACAGAACAAUCAGCCAUCCACCAAGAAACUAGUACCUAAAAACAAACUAAGCAAUGCAAAAAAACCUGAAAAACCGAGUGUACAGCCAGACCCUGUUUACAGUGUCCUUGAAGAGUCUGACAUCAAACAAGGAGAUAUGUCAGAGGCAUUAUAUAAUGUGCUGGAAGGGCCAGAUCCUGGACAUGAUACUCCAGGGAACAUUCAGGACCCUGUUUACAAUAUGCUGAAUGGGCCUGAAGCAGGACAGACAUACGAGGACCCAGAUGUCAGUGUUCAACAGGAUCCACUGUAUAAUGUUCUAGAGGAGCCUAAAUCAAAACAAGAACAUCAGGAACCACUAUAUAAUGUACUUGAAAGUGCAGAUACAGGAAGUGCCCAUUCCAGACAGGAGGCCCCCCAUGAUGGUGCAGUCAGUGAGCCCCUGUAUAAUGUUCUUGAUGGGGCAGAUUCAGGUGGAGCAAAUGUGAGUGGUGCAGAAUAUGCUUUUCCAAACAGACCCCUGUCUGGUCGUGACAAUCCAGCCUAUGAGCAGACCCUCGAGUUUGGUGUACCAAAUGCAGUGGUGCAUAGCCCUGGGUCUCAGAGAGAAUCUUUUUAUGAGCCUCUAGAAGGGUCUGAUAGGCAAGAUGUGUAUGAGCCCCUUCAGAAAAGCGGGAAAUAAUUGUACUUAGGACAUGAGCUUUGGGUUGAGAAUGAGGUUCACAGAAGUUGGUUGCUGUUGAG